AUGGCCCAAAUUUCAAUUUUUCUUUUGACUGUGGCAAGUGUUGUGCUUACUGCACUAACUGUUAGUAAUGCUUUUUUCCAAAAAAAGCAGUUUUAUCCAUCAGUUGUUUAUAUUACUAAAAGCAGUCCUUCUAUGGCCGUGAUGUAUAUACAAGGAUUAGUUAUUGCAUAUUUGAUUUUCCAAUUGGUUAGAAGGUUAUUUUUUGGCCAAUUGCGAGCAGUUGAAAAUGAGCAUUUAUCGGAGAGGACAUGGCAUGCAAUUAUGGAGACGUGUUUAGCAUUUACCGUAUUCCGUGAUGAUUUCUCACCUCGUUUUGCAAUGCAGUUUGUGUUUUUGCUGUUUGUCAAAUCUUUUCACUGGAUUAGUGAAGAUCGAGUUGAUUUUAUGGAGCGAAGUCCAAUUAUAACUGCGUUAUUCCACUGCAGAAUGAUGUCUCUGCUUGCCUUCUUAAGCGCUGUAGAUAGCUACUUCAUUUCACAUGCAUAUUUUACUACGCUUGUUAAAGGCCCUACUGUACAAAUCGUGUUCGGAUUUGAAUACGCAGUUCUAAUGACGGUAGUAUUGCAUGUGACGAUCAAAUAUAUUUUGCACAUGCAUGAUUUGCGAAAUGUGCAUCCAUGGGAAAACAAAGCUGUUUAUUUGCUUUAUUCAGAACUUCUUAUAAAUUGUCUUCGAAGCGUUUUAUAUGUUAUUUUCGUGGCUGUGAUGAUCCGACUUCACACAUUUCCCUUGUUUUCAAUUCGACCGCUUUAUCUUACUGUCCGGGCAUUCCAUAAAGCAGUCAAUGAUGUUAUCCUUUCAAGACGUGCCGUGCAUGCUAUGAAUAAUUUGUUUCCAUUAGCUUCGGAGCAAGAUCUUUCCAGUGGCGACAAUAUAUGUAUAAUUUGUCGAGAAGAAAUGACCCCCCUUAGUGGAGCGAAAAAAUUACCUUGUAAUCAUAUUUUCCAUUCAAAUUGUCUUCGAUCAUGGUUCCAGCGGCAACAAAGUUGUCCCACAUGUCGCACUGAUAUUCUAGGUUUGCAUUCACGAUUUAAUCAUUCACAGUGCAAUAUUUAUUUUCUCAUCAGUUCAUUAUUAAAUUUGUUUAUCAAGAAUUUAUACAAAUUGAACUACAGUCUAUCGACAUGGGGCUGUUUGAUGCAGACUCUACCAUCACUGUUCGCAGUACCUGCAGUUUUUCCGUUUCCACCCGUUCCAACUUUUGCUGGUCUUACGGACGAAGAAAUUGCUGCAAUGGAAGGAAGAGAGCGAGCGGCUGUUGAAGCUCGUAUCAAUUGUAUUCGUAAUAUUGGUUUAUUAUUAGAUGCAGCUGCGAUGCAACUUCAGCAGUAUAUGAGUGUUGUGCAAUCAUUGAGGUAA